AGGGAGGACUCUCUCUGCCCUUUCCUUCUCCUCCUCUGCUCGGCUUCGAGGAAUUGAAUCUCCUCCGCGCGAAGAACAUAGGAACUCUCCAUGAUCUGCGCGCCCUCGUCUCCCCCGCCCCUGGCCGCUCCUGACAACAGCAAGUUCAUACCGCCACGUCGCUGGAUAAAUUGUCCCGGAAGUCAGCUCGACGAUUUUAAAGGAGGAAAACCUCGAGUUGCAGAAGUGGAGCAAGGGAAAUUAAAGGAGAAGGUUAACAGCGUGGUGCUUCCUGAGUCGGAUUACAACUGGAGGUUUGGUGUUCUGGCAUGUUUCCCAGUGAAACUGCAGAAGGCUAGGUGGAGGGCGCACACUCGGACGACGGAGGAGCUUCGGUGCUCCGGUGUUGUGGUCGGUGAGGAAGAGGCGGCAGAGGGUGAGCUCUUGUUUGGGAUGAAAACGGGAACGUGGCAAUGAUGCCGGAAUGGAAAUGGGAGUGGCCCGAUCUUACUUCCCUGCUCUGGUACUAGCCCUCCGCCACCGCGGCCUUGCUCGAGUCCUUCAUUGGCAAGCUGUGAUGCGGCGCGGCCAUUGGAGGGAGCUCUGCAUGCCCAGAGCAUGGCGACCCCCACGGGAGCCCUCUGACAACAAGCAAGGUUAGGUGGGGUGAACCCCACGGGAGCCCUACGACGGCAAGCGGAGUGGCGGUGGAUGGCAGGGAGGACAAAGAUUUGAAUUUGAAUUCUGAUUUUUCAGGCCUGAUUUUAAAGGUUUUGAAUUUGUGUGGUUUUUAAUUGUGGCCGGAAAUUAAAAUCAUACUAUUUGUAUCUCCUGAUAUUGGCAUGAAACUGUGUAUAAGAACAGAAACAUUCGAUUUC